GAGGAGAUAGAAACUGUUGAGCGAGAAAGAAGAGAGAGAGAGUAAUAUCAAGUUCCUCCAUGGCCAGUCUUGUGACAAAGUGUGCAGUCAUGAAAGUACCCAAAUCAUAUCCCAACCCAUUCCUCCCUCUGAGAGGCAGACCAUCAAUGGUGUCCUUAACAUCUGUGUCUAGGUCCUCUCAGGGUCGUCAUGCAGCACAGGAAGCAAGGGACACAUCUUCCGACGUCUCAGAGAAAGAAAAAGAGUCGAAGAAAGCUGCCGAUUCGGCAUCGGACAAGGCGACAGAGAUGGCUUCCGAGGUAUCAGAGAAGGGAAAAGAGUCGAUGAAGAGUGUUACCGAUUCCGCAUCAGAGAUGUCACAGAAGGCAAAAAAGAAGGCUUCCGAAGUGUCGGAGAAGGGAAAAGAGUCGAGGAAGAGCGCUGCAAAGUCCGCAUUGGACAUGUCACAGAAGGCAAAAGAAAUGGCAAGAGACGCCAAGGAUUCAGCGGCGGACAUGGCUCAGAGGGCAAAGGAGAAGUCAGGGAGUGCAGUUGAAAAGGUAAAAGAGGGUGCCAUCAAGGCCAGCUACACGGCCAAAGGGUUUGGAGAGAAGGUGAAGGACACCGCAAAGGAGGGCGCGAGCAAGUCCAGCGACACGGCCAAAUGGUUUGGAGAGAAGGUGAAGGACACCGCAGAGAGUGCGGUUGACACAGGGAAGGAGGGCGCGAGCAAGGUCAGCGACACGGCCAAAUGGGUUGGAGAGAUGGUGAAGGAGACGACACAAAAGAUAAAGGAGACCGUUGUUGGGGCCAACGAGAGUGUGAAGGAGGAGAGAAUCCAUGAGAGCCCUGCAGAUCGUAGAAGGAAAGAGAGAGAAGCAGCAGCUCGCCGGUCCAUGAAUAAUAAGGAUUAUGAGUAAUUCACCUGUAAGGUUCUAGACGCCGCUUUUUAUUUUUGGAUGUAAAUUUUAGGCUGGAAUUCCUGCAGUCGAGCCUGUAAUUAGAACUUAGAAUC